AUGCAGGUGUACACAGAAAUGCUGCACAGACUGCUCUUGUCAUCCUCUCAGUUCAGAAAACAUUUUCUUUCAGGUCUGCCAGGUCGCAACAGCACAGCAUGGCCGCCUUUUCCACCUGUGAACAGCACAAACAUUCCAACAGUCUCCACAUCAAAUUUGCCAAACCCUCGACCGCCUCUCAACAUAACCACACCACCUGGUAACUACACAGGAGUUGAGGGAGAAGUGCGCCUGGCCAAUGGAGGAAACAGCUCCUGCUCUGGCAGAGUGGAGAUCUUCCACUUUGGACAGUGGGGGACAGUGUGUGAUGAUUCCUGGGGCCUGCUCGAUGCUGAGGUGGUGUGUCGACAGCUGGGCUGUGGCAGAGUCCUCUCAGCACCAACACAGGCACGCUUUGGACAAGGCAGCGGACCCAUCUGGUAUGAUAACGUCAUGUGCACGGGCAAUGAAACAAAGCUGUCUGAAUGUCGGCACCAAGGGAGUGGAUCUCAUGACUGUGGCCACAAUGAGGAUGCUGGUGUUGUCUGUGAAGGUAAUUACAAAUUUGUUCAGAUAGUGACACCAUAGUGUGUGUUUUUGAGCACGACUCAUCUGUCUUCCUUUCUUUUCCUGUCAGCUGCUUCGCCAGUCAGACUUGUCAACUCUGGAAAACGCUGCUCAGGCAGAGUGGAGAUCUUCCAUGCUGGACAGUGGGGGACAGUGUGUGAUGAUCACUGGGAGCUGAACAAUGCCGAUGUGGUGUGCAGACAGCUGGACUGUGGAAGGGCCCAAUCAGCUUUAUCUAAUGCAGCCUUCGGACCUGGCAGUGGACCCAUCUGGUUGGAUGAUGUCUAUUGUUCUGGAAAUGAGCCAUCUAUAUCAGACUGCAAACAUUUAGGGUUUGGAGUCCACAACUGUGGUCACCAUGAAGAUGCCAGUGUUAUGUGUGGAGCAACUUUGCCAAACCCUCGACCGCCUCUCAACACAACCACACCACCUGGUAACUACACAGGAGUUGAGGGAGAAGUGCGCCUGGCCAAUGGAGGAAACAGCUCCUGCUCUGGCAGAGUGGAGAUCUUCCACUUUGGACAGUGGGGGACAGUGUGUGAUGAUUCCUGGGGCCUGCUCGAUGCUGAGGUGGUGUGUCGACAGCUGGGCUGUGGCAGAGUCCUCUCAGCACCAACACAGGCACGCUUUGGACAAGGCAGCGGACCCAUCUGGUAUGAUAAUGUCAUGUGCACAGGCAGUGAAACAAAGCUGUCUGAAUGUCGGCACCAAGGGAUUGGAUCUCACGAUUGUGGCCACAAUGAAGAUGCUGGAGUUGUUUGUGAAGCUGCUUCGCCAGUCAGACUUGUCAACUCUGGAAACCGCUGCUCAGGCAGAGUGGAGAUCUUCCAUGCUGGACAGUGGGGGACAGUGUGUGAUGAUCACUGGGACCUGGACAAUGCUAAUGUGGUGUGCAGACAGCUGGACUGUGGAAGGGCCCAAUCAGCUUUAUCUAAUGCAGCCUUUGGAGCUGGCAGAGGACCCAUCUGGUUGGACAAUGUCUCUUGUUUUGGAAAUGAGUCAUCUAUAUCAGACUGCAGACAUUCAGGGUUUGGAGUCCACAACUGUGGUCACCAUGAAGAUGCCAGUGUUAUAUGUGGAGGUCUGCCAAGUAGCAACAGCACAGCAUGGCCGCCUUUUCCACCUGUGAACAGCACAAACAUUCCAACAGUCUCCACAUCAACUUUGCCAAACCCUCGACCGCCUCUCAACAUAACCACACCACCUGGUAACUACACAGGAGUUGAGGGAGAAGUGCGCCUGGCCAAUGGAGGAAACAGCUCCUGCUCUGGCAGAGUGGAGAUCUUCCACUUUGGACAGUGGGGGACAGUGUGUGAUGAUUCCUGGGACCUGCUCGAUGCUGAGGUGGUGUGUCGACAGCUGGGCUGUGGCAGAGUCCUCUCAGCACCAACAUGGGCACGCUUUGGACAAGGAAGUGGACCUAUCUGGUACGAUGAUGUCAUGUGCACAGGCAGUGAAACAAAGCUGUCUGAAUGUCGGCACCAAGGGAUUGGAUCUCAUGACUGUGGCCACAUGGAGGAUGCUGGGGUUGUCUGCGAAGGUAAAUACUGAUCGGUACAGUACAGUAACACCCCAGAGUCUGCUUUACCAGUGAGACUUGUCAACUCUGGAAACCGCUGCUCAGGCAGAGUGGAGAUCUUCCAUGCUGGACAGUGGGGGACAGUGUGUGAUGAUCACUGGGACCUGGACAAUGCUAAUGUGGUGUGCAGACAGCUGGACUGUGGAAGGGCCCGGUCAGCUUUAUCUAAUGCAGCCUUUGGAGCUGGCAGAGGACCCAUCUGGUUGGACAAUGUCUCUUGUUUUGGAAAUGAGUCAUCUAUAUCAGACUGCAGACAUUCAGGGUUUGGAGUCCACGACUGUGGUCACUAUGAAGAUGCCAGUGUUAUAUGUGGAGGUCUGCCAAGUAGCAACAGCACAACAUGGCCGCCUUUUCCACCUGUGAACAGCACAAACAUUCCAACAGUCUCCACAUCAACUUUGCCAAACCCUCGACCGCCUCUCAACAUAACCACACCACCUGGUAACUACACAGGAGUUGAGGGAGAAGUGCGCCUGGCCAAUGGAGGAAACAGCUCCUGCUCUGGCAGAGUGGAGAUCUUCCACUUUGGACAGUGGGGGACAGUGUGUGAUGAUUCCUGGGACCUGCUCGAUGCUGAGGUGGUGUGUCGACAGCUGGGCUGUGGCAGAGUCCUCUCAGCACCAACAUGGGCACGCUUUGGACAAGGAAGUGGACCUAUCUGGUACGAUGAUGUCAUGUGCACAGGCAGUGAAACAAAGCUGUCUGAAUGUCGGCACCAAGGGAUUGGAUCUCAUGACUGUGGCCACAUGGAGGAUGCUGGGGUUGUCUGCGAAGCUGCUUCACCAGUGAGACUUGUCAACUCUGGAAACCGCUGCUCAGGCAGAGUGGAGAUCUUCCAUGCUGGACAGUGGGGGACAGUGUGUGAUGAUCACUGGGAGCUGAACAAUGCCGAUGUGGUGUGCAGACAGCUGGACUGUGGAAGGGCCCAAUCAGCUUUAUCUAAUGCAGCCUUCGGACCUGGCAGUGGACCCAUCUGGUUGGAUGAUGUCUAUUGUUCUGGAAAUGAGCCAUCUAUAUCAGACUGCAAACAUUUAGGGUUUGGAGUCCACAACUGUGGUCACCAUGAAGAUGCCAGUGUUAUAUGUGAACAUAAGGGUAUUUUCAUGUUUUAA